GGUCACGAACUAUGACCUUUCACAGUAGAAAAACAAUAACAAAUAAUUUUUAAACACAACCACUGUAAUCUACAUUCACCAAUCUUGCAGGUAGUACUGUGGUUAAUUGAUUCUACACUGGCCCAGUCCAGUCAGAUGCCUCUAAUGACCCUAUAUCAUCAUGACAACCAACGUGGAGGUGCUGGCUCAGCAGAUAGUAACCACUGAGCAGGUUGCAGAGACACAGUCGUCUCCCUCAGCCAGCCCAGUGAUGAGCACCUCUCCCCAGCAUAUUCAGAUCAUCUCCACUGACCCCUCCAUCACCACGCCCCAGAGAAUACAGAUUGUGACAGACCAGCAGACGGGGCAGAAGAUCCAGAUCGUGACGUCGGUGGACGCUGCGAACGUGUCCAAACCUCAGUUCAUUCUGGCUGCCCAUGAUGGCGCAGCGGCAGGCAAGGUCAUCCUGGCGUCCCCCGAUAGCCCCAGCGCCAAGCAGCUCAUCUUCGCCACGGCAGACAGCGUGAUGCCUGGGCGGAUACAGUUUGUUACAGAUGCAGUUUCAGUGGAAAGGCUCCUGAGCAAGGGAGGAGAGAUGGGCCGCCCACAGCCUGUGGAGUACUGCGUAGUAUGUGGAGAUAAAGCGUCAGGGAGGCAUUAUGGGGCUGUUAGCUGUGAGGGCUGCAAGGGCUUCUUCAAGCGAAGCGUCAGGAAGAGUCUGACCUACAGUUGCCGUAGCAACCAAGACUGCGUGGUCAACAAGCACCAUCGCAACCGCUGCCAGUUCUGCCGUCUCAGGAAGUGCCUGGAGAUGGGCAUGAAGAUGGAGUGUGAGUUGCACGUUCACGCAAGCACGUGCUCAGUCACAAAAUCCGUACAGAGUGAGAGGAAGCCGCUAGACCUCCCCCGAGAGAAGCCCGCCAACUGCGCUGCCUCAACGGAGAAAAUCUACAUCCGGAAAGACUUGCGCAGUCCUCUGAUAGCCACGCCCACUUUCAUCACCGACAAGGAUGGCUCUCGCUCUGGGUUAUUGGACCCUGGGAUGCUGGUGAAUAUCCAGCAACCUCUCAUCCAGGCCGACGGCACGUUGCUCCUAGCAACAGAUGCAAAGGCAGAGGCAGGUCAUAGUGAUCUGGGGACACUUGCCAACGUGGUGACAUCAUUAGCCAAUCUUAAUGACUCGCUCAACAACGGUGACAUGUCACACAGCCAGCAGGAGGAGUCAGCCAGCGAAAUCACACGUGCCUUUGACACUCUGGCCAAAGCCUUGAACCCCAACGAGGUGGCGGAGGGGCAGAACCUCUCCGAGGCAGAGUGUGUAGGUGGAGCCACAAUACAGGUGAUCGGCCGAGAUCAAGCCACGCCCCUCAUUGAAGUGGAGGGCCCUCUGCUUACAGACACGCAUGUCAGCUUCAAGCUGACCAUGCCCAGUCCGAUGCCUGAGUAUCUGAACGUUCAUUACAUCUGCGAGUCUGCAUCCCGUCUGCUCUUUCUCUCAAUGCACUGGGCACGCUCUAUUCCAGCCUUCCUUGCCCUCGGGCAGGAGUGUAACACGUCUCUGGUACGGGCAUGCUGGAACGAACUUUUCACGUUAGGUUUGGCUCAGUGUGCUCAGAUCAUGAGCCUGUCCACCAUCCUGGCCGCCAUCGUCAACCACCUGCAGACAAGCAUACAGGAUGACAAGCUGUCUAGUGAGCGGGUGAAGCUGGUAAUGGAACACAUCUGGAAGCUACAGGAGUUCUGCAACAGCAUGGCCAAGCUGGAGACAGAUGGUUACGAAUACGCCUACCUGAAAGCCAUCGUGCUCUUCAGCCCCGAUCACCCAGGCCAGGGUAGCAGCAACCAGAUUGAGAAGUUCCAGGAGAAGGCACAGAUGGAGCUGCAGGACUACGUGCAGAAGACCUAUCCAGAUGAUGCGUACAGGUUGGCACGAAUGCUGAUGCGUCUGCCAGCGUUGCGGUUGAUGAGCUCCAGCAUAACGGAGGAGCUCUUCUUCACCGGCCUCAUCGGGAAUGUGCCCAUUGACAGCAUCAUCCCCUACAUCCUCAAAAUGGAGACUGCUGACUACAACAGCCAAAUCACCGGUCCCACCGCAUGACCACAGAGUGACCCGCUUUGAGCCACAGACGCGGGUGAACUGGACUGAAAUUCCAAACAACUUAUAUUAUCCCUUACCUUCAUGUGGAUUGAUGAAGUUUUUGGGGGUUUUUUUAGUUUUUUUUUCCUGAACUGAAGGUUUUCCUCUGCCUACAUAACAGCCCUGCCCUUGAAGUGAGACCAUCUAACUGAAGGUGAAGGUCACUUAAAAUAUAUGUAUUUUUGUUCUUUGGGAAAAGUGCAACAUGGAACUUUGAGUUUUUCAAAUCUGGACAUUUGUUGUGUGAAAAAUGUAAAAACAGCCAUUGGUUUAGUUUUUGUUUGCUUUUCUUCUCUUAAAGCACUUCAGACAUUUAGCACUUCAGACCUUGGGGCUAGGUAGGAAAUUUACCAUUCAAAUGUUUUGUAUUAUUCAGGAGCAGCCAUGUAUUAAGAAUUUUUUAAUCAGCUGUAAGUGGACUGUUGUAAAGUCCCUUGGCAUUCUGUAAGCAUUUUAAUGGAAUGCAAUUAAUUACAACCUCUUUUAGAAACCUCUGAAUCGAUCCUCAAUAUCCUUUGCAAAGAGUUGCAUCAAUCUCUAGAAGACCAGAUUAAAAAAAAAAAAA